AAAAGUUAAAGUAAUGAUAAGAGAUGAAACACUUUUUGAAAGGCAAGACAGAAAAGAUCAAUUUUAUUUGAAAAUUUCUGUACAAUGAUUUUAUAUCGCUUUCAGGCUCCUACAUCUAUCAAAACAAUGUAUUCAUUUCUGUAAUGUGCUGUAUUUCGUUGGCCGACAAGCAGCCAAAAUUCAUUACAUCGAAAACCUACUCUGCAAUCUCCGAUACUCGAUUGCUUGAAAAUGGGGAAUACGUUCACGGUUUUAGGCCGGCAUGCUUUGAAAAGAGUUCGACGAUUCAAUGUUCAAAGUAGAACCGAAAAGUAUCUGGAAAGGCAUCAAGAUAAGCCGGAAAGAGCUCCUCUUUACGAAGCCACCAUGAGAGAAGUGGAGAAAUUGAUGAAAGAAAUGCCCGAUUUGACGGAAGAAAUGAAAAAGAAAGAUGGUAUCUUGCUGAAUAAUCUGCGCAAAGUAUACGUCACCUCUGAAGGCGAUAAUAAAGAUAGUUUUUCUCAAGAAAGAAUAGAUUCGAGCCGGGAAGCUAGAUUUUUACAAGCCAUUAAACCAAAAGAAGUGCUCAAAGAUGCUCCACCUGGAAAAUACACCAUGCAGCAGGCUUUAACAAUCAUACAACAGUAUCAAAGAAAUCCCAUAACGAAUUCUACCAAAGCUUUAGCUGCUCAAUUCAAUUUAGAACCUUCUGUUGUCGCCAAAAUAACCAAACACGUUAAAAUACUAGACUACUACGCUCCGAAGAAAACAAAAGAGACCUCCCACGAGAAGAUGCUGAAAGACUUGAUACCGAUUUCUUACCAAGGUAAAUCCGAAUCGGAUUUAUUGAUCGAACUGCAACAGGAAGCCGACAAGAGAACCAAAUUGUUGUUCGAAAAAACUGUCCGAUUAAGAGAAGCUAAAACUAAAGAAGAAAUUUACAUCGAAUCUGAUCAACCGAUUGAAGGAUGGCUAUCGAAAGAAACCUCCGAUAAAAAAGAACAAGUUUACACCGAUUUAGAAAUAUAUCGUAAAACUGGCAAAUUACCCGACGGACCUAAACUAAUAGAAGGUCGAAAAUUGGAUGAUUUGACUAUCGAAGAUAUUAAAAGAUUAACUGCGAACAAAUCGGAUCAAGAUUCGCCGGAAAAGCCUAGCAAUGAUGGAGAUAAAGAGUCUGAAAAAAAAAACGUACCCGAAGAUCAGCGAAAAGCGACUAAUUAAACGUAGACAUUUUGUUAUUAUUUCGAAUUAUUAAAUUAUCGUUUUCAA